AUAUUAGACUGCUGUGGGGAAAGAAGUGUUUGUUUGGCCCAAGAUACUCAGACUUACUGGAGUUUGUGGACAUAUCCACUAAUCCAAACCCUCUGAAAGGCUGGCAUUGGGAGGACAGACAACCUGACACCUCCAUAGUUGGAAAGACCACUCCAAUUUGAAGUUGCACAAUUAGGGAAUAUGAAAGUAAGAACUGACUUGAAGAGAGGGACGCCUCUCAUUUUAGCAGUUUUAGCUCAAUAUGAACUACUCAGGCAAGCAUUUAUUGAGCACCUACUAUGUGCUAGGUGCUGAGGACACAAAGCCAGUCCUUUCCUUCUAGGUAUCUUAUGGGGGAGGGGGUACUAAAAGUGUAACACAGCAGACCAAAGAGCCAACAUAAUCAGCUACAUAAAGAGGUAGAAUGUCUAGUCAAAGGGAGGUGAUAAAUGUCCUACUGUGUUCUGCUUUCUGGCUGACAUAACAUUUAUGGUGUUGUUUCCUUCUGGGCACAAGCUGGAAAACAUCCAGAAGAGAAUGACUGAGUAUGUCAAGGGAAUUGGAGACCCAAUCAUUCAAAGGCCAGGUGAAGGAGUUAGGAGUGUUUUUGGACAAGAGAAGACUUAAAGGGAACACAUUUGCUGUGUACAUUAAAUAAUGAUUGCAAUCUUUAAAUCACUAUCAUGUGGAAGAAGGUUGGUCUUGUUCUGUUUGACUCAAGGGAAAGAAGUGGCCCUACCUUGCAGAGCAAUAGAUUUAGGCAGAAAAGUCCCCUUGCAGUUAAAGCUAUCCCAAAGUGAACUAUAUAUUGAAGAGAUUCUUGCUUAGAUACGAAUGUAGUUAUAUGGCCUUCGAGGCCCCCCUCUAACCAACUUUCUGUGAUUCAUUUUUUUAACCCUUAUCUUUUGUCUUAGAAGUGGUAAAGGCUAGGCAAUGAGGGGUUAAGUGACUUGCCCAGGGUCACACAGAGGAAGUGUCUGGGGUCAGAUAUGAACCCAAGACCUUCUAUCUCCAGGCCUGAUGCUCUAUCCACUGACCCACCUACUUGCCCCCUCUGUGAUUCAUUCUUACUCAGUAUCUAUACUCUACUAAGGUUCCUUUCUCUUGGCACCUCUUGAUUUACUAGGAUAUUCCCUCUCUCUGAGCCUCAGUGUCAUUGUAGACAGAAUAAGUCAGCUUGGAGAGAUCAGAGUUGUCCCAGCAUGAUUCUGGCAGCUCUAACAAGGUGUUUCUCCCUGCCUGGGGGGAACAGCCGCACCUAUUUUAGGCAGCUAAACCUGUGCAUUAACUCAUUGUUGUGCUUUGGCUGCUCUCUAUGGAUGGGCAAAGAAUGUUGAGUCUUUCCUGUUGCAUUGUUUGGAGUUACUAAUAAGAAAAGGAAGGCUUAUAAAUUUGUUCUAAUAUCCCCAUGUCCAAGUGGUAUUAUGGCUAGAGGAUAGUCAUUAAUAACUGUUUAUGAGGGUCCUUCUUUGCCUACCCUACUUAUCUUUGCCUGUAACUUGAUGAUGUGCUACCAGUGCAACAGACAUUUACAUUGGGCAAUCCCAAGAAAGGGGAUACAUUUGAAUUCUGCUGUAGGAACAAGUAGCAGACUGGUUCACCCUCAAAAAAUGGCAAUCAUAAGAAAAUAUAAUAAGAUUUGAAUCCAGAAUUCCUCCAUUUUCUCCUUCUCUUUGCCCUUUCUCUACCCACUCCACCCAGAAUUUGACCCUAUGAUCAGUCAGCUGAGCUAACCUCCUUGACCUAGAGACAAUGGUUCCCAGUCCAAGAUCCUGAAUACCAUGUUCGACCAUCAGGCAGUACUUUGAGAAGUGGAAAAAUUGAGAUCUCAUUCUUUAAGUGAAUAUUUCUAAAUAAGCAUCUCUGACAGUUUCUGUGUUAGGGACUGUUGUACUGGAUGUCUAGUGCAAUCCAAAAAUCAUUUGUUAAAAGAGAAAUAAGGUAAAGAGGGAAGAACUGUAUUGAAGACUACUUGUAGGAGGAGUAUGAGUAUCCUCAGAGUUGGAGUUCCAUUCCACAUUUUUAAAGCCUCUACUGUUUUAAGCACAAGGAAUAUCAAUUUACCCUUUCCUCAAGGAAUUUAUAAUCCAAUUUGGGGAGAGGAGGAGGGAAGGUUUAUAUUCAAAUUACUAUGCUUCAAAAAAAGUAUACUAAAUGCAAAGGAGCGGCAAAUUUAGCAGAGAGAGAGCAAUGGGUUUGAUAAAGAAAGGAUCUGGGUUCCUAUCUUAAUUUUAAGAAACCUCAGAAAAUCACUUCAUAUUUCUGGGUCUUUGAUAUCACCUCUAUAAAAUGAUAGAGUUGAAAUAGAAUGAUCUCUAGGGUCUGUUUAGCUCUAAAUGCUAUGCUAUUAUGGGAAGUUCAGGAAAAAUGUGAGAAAUCUGAGAAGAGAGCUCAAAGGCCGUGAAGAAUAGCCUGUCUGAGAUUAACUUUGAAGGCAUAGUUCCCAAGUCCAUGGCUAAAGGAUUAGGCAGAGCAAGGUCUGGAAGACCAGGUGCUUUUCGAAGGGACAGUUUGUGGGCAGUAAAGAGUAGGGCAAUCGUAGGUAGUCUUAGUUGAGAUGUUAGACUCUGACCUCUGUACCAAUUGGGCCUUCCAGUUUGCAAAAGAUAUGAGAAUCACAGGGUUGGGAUGACUGGAAUUAAGCAUAAUGUUGGUUCAGGAACUGAAAUUAGUUAUAAAAAGUAGUGUAAUCAUUCUAUCUUGGGACUGUGUUACUUGUGACUUGGGCCUCAUUCUUCAAGUACUUUAACCAUUGGGCAGAUGGCUAGAGCCCUUUCUUGGGAAGGAACUAGUAGGAAUUUGUCCAUUGCCUUAAGCUCCCUGGAUAUUGACAUUCCAUAGAGAUUCAUCUCCUUCUCAGAAUUUGACUGAUGUGCUUGUGAGAACUGAAAAGUAGGAAUGGUGCUGAGAUGCAAUGAUUAAGUGGAUGGCUUGGGUGGUUGGAGAAGAACAUAUUCAACUUUCACUUAGCAGAACUCAUGAAGGGCCAGAUGCUUCCUUCAGAGGAGUACAACUUCAUGGAAUUAGGCCAAGGCCAUAGUGGCAAAUGUUAUUCUUUAUUUUAGGCACGUGUAGGCAGGAGCACAGAUAAGUAUAUCUAUGAUGAGAAGGCAGAACAUUUUCCUAAUCCCUCUUCCCAAGGCACUUAGCUACAUAUUUGAUGUAACAUAUUGCAUCUCUUCUUUCUCUGGGGCAGUACUUGGCUUGGGUGGAUGGAGGAUAAGCCUGGCAGUUGGGCCCUGGGAAGGGGUCUGACUCUGAGUUUUUAUGGCUUUGCUAUUACCUGUUGUGAGGUUCCCAGCUUCCAAGGCAAGAGGGGUGAACACUAGCAGAAAAAUGGAAUGUUAGCCCAAGCAUGUGAAUGCAGAUACAGAGAGAACUCCAGGAGAGAGCUUCACCUGCUUCAGUGAAAGGAACCAGUCACAGCUUCAAACAGAUGCACGAAAAAACAGUUCCCCUGAAGAUCCCAGUGGACCAGCUGGAGAAGUUGGAGGAAGCACCAAAGGAAAGAAGCCCCUUCCUGGAGACUCUGGAGGAGAGUGUGCAUCUGCCUGAAGGUCUGAAGGAUGAAGAGAUAAAGAAAAGCAACCUAGAAGUGACACCAAAUAAAUACAACCACCAGUAUCAUAAACUGUUCAAGGACAUCCCUCCAGAGGAGACAGUUCUGAAAGUGUGUUCCUGUGCACUUCAAAGGGAUAUCCUCAUACAAGGGCGUCUAUACAUCUCCCAUAAUUGGCUCUGCUUCCAUGCCAGCCUCUUUGGGAAAGACAUCAAGGUAGUCAUUCCUGUGCUGUCUGUCCAGAUGAUAAAAAAGCACAAGAUGGCCAGACUCUUGCCCAAUGGACUGGCUAUUACAACCAACACAAGCAGGAAGUAUAUUUUCGUGUCACUGAUCUCAAGGGACAGCGUGUAUGACGUAUUGAGGAGAGUCUGCACCCAUCUGCAGCCUUCCAGUAAGAAGAGUCUGAGUGUAAGAGAAUAUCCAGAUGAACCUGACUCUGAGUCUCUGGUGAGAUCUGCCUGUGGGAGCAAAGGGGUGUUGACCCACAGUGACUAUGAGGGCCUCAUUCCAGAAAUGAAAUGGAGAAAGAUGUCCCCACCUCCAUUGUCUCUGUCCCUCUCUGAUGAUGUCUUCCCCUGCAUUCACCGAGGAUCUAUGAGCAGCCUGGCCACCAAGGAAAGCUCUUUCUCCUCUGAGAAACCCCUGGCAUCUGAUAAUGCCAUCCACACAGAGGAGGAGCUGGAGGGGGAACCUGAAGGGAGCCCAGAGCUGAGGCCCUGGGAUUAUCAGCUGCUCAAGGUCUUCUUUGUACUGAUCUGCCUCCUGGUUGUAUCAUCAUCCUAUAUGGCAUUUCGAAUCUUCCGGCUGGAGCAGCAGCUGUGCUCUCUGAACUGGGACUCUGUCUCCUAUAGACACAGGUGACAGCCAUGGGAGUUACACGUGUCCCCUUUCCAAGAAGGGAGCCCUCUGGGUCAAGCUUCCAACAGUAGUUGCCCCUCUGUUUGAGUUGCUGAAAUGCCAAGAACGGAGUCUUAAUGAAAAGAAUUCUAAUUUUCCUGCCACCUUGAAUACCUGACCUGAAGUACCCGUUUAUGAAGGAAUUCUCUUCUGACUUUAUUGGAUUCAGCUCAGCAGAUGGAGAAACUAGCCAUGGGAUCGUGUCUCAGUUUCAGCUGUCGGCAGUGAGCAGGGAAAACAGGCUAAGCUGCUUCUCAGAAAUGGUUGCUCUGGGCUGGCAGUGUUUUUUUGGAAAGCACAUUGUAUUUGGGCAUCAGGAAUGGGGCUCAUUGAGGUCACUCCCACUGUUAUGUCCCUCACUCCAGUGUCUGUGGGUUCCGAGGAUUGAAUAUCAAUGCUGUUCAUUCCUUGUAUUUCUCUGAACUAGCUUUCCCUUGGAGGCCUCAACUGUGCCCAAAAGAAUUACUUCCUCUGGGCUCCCAGGAAGUCCUACCCAGGUCAAGUAGAACACCUAAAGCCACAGGGCAUUUGGCUACUGGAGUAAUUAGACAUGAGUUCAGGACAAGGCUGACUUGGAAAAAGGGGAAGAAUCAGCAGCAAUAAAAGGUGGGCUAUGCUUAGCCACGAAGAGCUGUGCCUGGCUGCCUGGGGCAAAGCAGGAAGGGCAGCAAGGGGGAAAUGAGAGGACAUCCAGCAGCUUCUCAGGGCCAUCUGGGGAUGGGUAGGCUGUGGGAGGAAAAGGGAGACAUCCCAAAGGAUGUCUUUGAUGAAUCUGUGCCUAUGUUAGUACCGUUUUCUACCCUUUGCAAGGAGGCCAGGAAAGAGACAGGCCACAGGUCAAUUAGUCAGGGCUAGUGUUUUUGCUUGUUAUGUGAGUCACUGUCAGAGCUAAACUUAGGUGCAAUAAGCAAAGUGAAUAAUUGUGCCUUUAAUCUAUACCAUUAUUCUUGAAUAUAUACUUUCAGCUCUCCUUCACAAAGGGUAGCCUGGAUUAUAGCUUCAUUUUUUGAAAAUUUGAGCUGGUGUUGAUUAUUAGGACAGUGUAGACUUUUUAGAGAAACAACUUGAUAAUCUUGACCUCCCUAUCCUUGGAGAAGGGAAAACAAUUUCUGAUCUUCCAGCAAAAAAAAUAACUCUACAACUUCUUCUUGAGUCCAGGAGAGUUGGGAGAAGCAAAGGUUGAAAAGGUGGUAAUCAGUAUCACGAACCCCAGUGCAACAGCCCUGCUCUCACAAUUUCCUCUGUUUAGCACCCCUUCCCCUACCCCAUCCUGAAUUCCUGUAGUUUCCAUUAACUUCCUUUUCUAAUCUUUGACUAGCUUAGUUGCUGGGACAGGCAGGGAGCCUUUUUCCUCUCCCUAAUAUUUAAGUUCAGACCAAGAAGGGAAUGAAGGAGAAGGGAAUAUGCCAAGAACAUAACAGAUGGCUGAACAGAAAUGAUGAUGUUGAAAAUUCCCACCCUGUUUUUAGCCACCCUCCCCUCCUGAAGAUUCCUGAGAUAGGCUUGUUGGCCUGUCUUUGAAAUGUUCCUUGAUGGAUGAUGAACAUUGAGAUGUUCCUUUUUGGACACUGGGGAGAGAAAAUGGGAGUGCCAAGCUUGGGACUGGGCAUAUUGCUGAAAGGAAGCCACAGUUUUCCAGGACACUCCACAGGUAUUCCAAACAAAGGGCUGGGGGAGAUCUCAUGAGACUUCCUGAACUGAACUCUGCAACGUUAAUCAAUGCUGCUGUAAAAUGGAAUGUACUGCCCCUUCUGAGGAGCUCCUGGAUCUGUCACUACCUCUAACUCUUCCUCUUGUCCUAGUCCUUCACAGGUUGGACAGAACUGGGAAGCAGAAGCUAUCUCAAUCACUGAAUCCUAGAGUGGGAAGGGAUCUUGGAUUUGGUCUAGUUCAACCAGUACCCAAAGCUUGAAUUCUCCACUACAAUGCCUUCAGCAAGUAGACUCCAGACUUCUCAGGGUAGGGAACAUAUGACCUCAUGAGGCAACCCAAUUCAAUUUCUGGGAGGCUCUAAGUGUUAGGAAGUUUUUCUUAUAUUGGAACAAAAUUUGCUUCUCUGUAAUCUCCACUUGUUGGUCUUAAUGCUGCCUUCUGGAGCCAAGAAAGAAUAAGUCUAAACUUUCCUUUACAUGAAAAUCCUUCAGAGUUGAAGACAGAUAUGAAGACAUAGUCUAAGUCUUUUCUUCAAGCCCAACAUCCCCAGGACUUUCAAGUUUUCUUACCAUCCUGGCUGAUCUCUUCUAGAGAUGUCCUUCCUCAAACACGGCACCCUAAACUGAACAUAUUGUAGAUUCUAUUUUCUAACCAGGGCAGAUUAGAGCAGAACUAUCAUCUCCUGUAUUCUGGACACUAUUGUUAUGUGAUUGUGGUCUAAAGUCACAUUAUCUGUUUUGGUUGGCAUAUCACACGUUGACUCAUGUUUCAGCUCACUAAAAACUUGACAUCCUUUUCCCACAAACCACUUUCUAGUAAUGUCUCUCUCCUAUCCUCCUCCCUACCUAGGCAGCUGAUAUUUUAAACCCCAAAGCACUUCACGUAUAGUACUUCACACUUACACUUCUAAAUUUCAUUUUGUUAGUCUGGGGACAGCAGGAUUGGUAGCUGAGCACUAGGAGCAAUGUAAUGUGGAGUCUUCUGUUGUGAUGACUGUAACCUAUAAGUAUUUAUUACACAGACAUGCUUUGAAUUGGACGUUCUUUGAUUUCCUGGGAAAAUGGUUCGACCAGAUUCUAUAUUGUCUGGGGGAGGUGGGUGGGUAAUGUUGGGGAUAUUGCAAUACAAUAUGAUGUUUAACCUGUAAACAUAUGAAAAUAUUUAAAUUUUUUAAAAAUCUGA